UUCGACUUUUAUGAAUACCCCUUGCUGUCCGUCUCACUCCUCGUAUUUUCCAUUUGAUUGCUCGUCCUAGCAUGUCUAUCGCAACGGCUUGUUAUCGAAGACAGCUUGGUUCAAGAUUGGCUGAGGCGACGGGCAUCUCGUCUUGCUACCGUUCAAGCCCACUCAGAUCUUGGGUUUCUGACCCACACGAUACCUUAUGAUGCGCGUCGCCCUUCUCUGGGCGGCUUUCACGAAGUUCAAUGCUUUCGCCAUCACCCUCCCGCCAGGUCGCAUGAUGUCGAGCAAUUUGGUGACAGAUGGUGAUUUUGAAGCUGCGAGCUCGAGUUGGACAACCGGUGAUCCUUGCCCGUGGAACAGCAUCAAACCAGUCGGUUGGGAUGUUGGUAGCUUCGGUGGGGACUACAUCGUCACUUCAGGAACCGGCAACUGUGAUGGCAUGGGCCAGGUGGCAAGGCAGGGCACUUUUUUCGUCCAGUUGCACAGUCACGACCAGUUCUUCCAGCAAGUGUCCGGGCUUCCUGUGGGCGAUGCCCUCGCUCUCUCUUUCUGGGCGACAGCUAGACCCACCCAAGGCGAUUCCUACCUUAUGGUCAUGGUUGACGAUGUUCAAAUUGGCAACACUGGUAUCAUCCCCGAUUGCACCUCAAGAGCAGCAUCUUGCUGGACACAACACGAGUUCACAUUCACCCCCACGUCAGCCACGGCAAAGAUUGGUUUCCAAUUCUGCCGUGGAAACCGGGACAUGACGCCUGGAUGUUGUGCCUCCUGUGGUGGUUGGCAUGCGUCACCCUUCAUCGACGACGUCAUGCUGAUGGGUGCGGGUACGCCAAGUCCAACGCCAUCACCGACGCCACCACCAACGCAGGCUGUUGGUGCGUCUGGUGCGUCUGCCGUUGGCGAUCCCCACCUGCAAAACGUUCAUGGUGAACGCUUCGACUUGAUGAAGGAGGGGCGCCAUGUUCUGAUCAACAUCCCUCGCGGGAAGGGCGCCGAGCAGGCCAUGCUGCGCGUGCAGGCCGACGCGCGCCGCCUGGGCGGGAGUUGCGCGGACAUGUACUUCCAAGAGCUGAACGUCACGGGGUCAUGGGCAGAGGCGAGACAGGCUGGAGGGUACCGCUACAGCGCCUCGCAGAGCGACGUGGAGACUCCGGGAUGGGCUGCCUUUGGGAAGGUUGAGCUGAAAGUCGUUCAUGGGCGUACGGACGGCGGCCUCCGCUACCUGAACGUGUACGUGAAGCACUUGGCGCGCGCAGGCUUUCCCGUCGGAGGCCUACUGGGCGAGGACGACCACGAUGACGUAAUGGCCCCUCCGGAGCACUGUGCCCAGAAGAUGGCCCUGGUCGACGGCGUGGCGGGGGGCCUCGGGGCCCCCUCGGCGUCCUCGGUCGCAGAGGCGAGCCUCGCGUGAGGCGCGCGAGGCCCGUGAGGCUCGCGUGAGGCGUGCCCCAUCGGGCCUGCGCCUUGCGCCUGGGCCCUGCAGCCCCGGCCCCUCUCUUCUCCCUCCUUCCUGGGGAGCUGGCAUAGGGGCCGAGGCUCGGAGGAUCGCUAUAGUUUCUGUUCCUGAA